AUGGGUGUUGACGAUUCUCAGCGAAGCCCGAUUCUUGCAAUGGCAAAAUUCAUACCGGAAUCGGACGUCACAUCCACCGCCACUCUCACCGGUCUCUCUGAUGUGAUUCGAACGGUCCAUGGUUGGGGAGGGGAGUUGGGGUUACUUGAUGUUCUUCCGAGAACUAGGGUUUCUCGCGUUGAGAAGAAGGCCUCCAAGAAGAAGAUGAAUGGAACUUCGAGUUCAAUUCGUAAUCAAAAGCUAUGGUGUUAUCUGAUGGAUUCUUCAUCUUAUUCUGAGUCGACGUCGACGAAUGGUGAAGGACCUGUUAUUCCAAUUUGCAAGGCUGAGUUGAGGCCUUAUGGAGGUCAAAAAUUUUCUUCACUUGAGGAGGGAAUUUUCUUUUAUGAAAAGUAUGUUCAAGAGGCUUGUUUUGAUUUUCAAAGAUUUGGAAAUAGGUCUAGUGGUGGUGUUAUUACUUUUCAGUAUGUUGUCGGCAACAGACAAGGUUUUCAUACAGUUGAUCCGUUGGAUGUCGAUGUGAACGUGUCAGAUGGCGAUGAAGUAACUUCAAAGAAGAAACGCAGACGUGGCACAAAAAGUAUGAAUGAUGUUCAUCACAAGUUUGUUGAAGAUUGCACCAAAGCUAACAUCGGUCCUACUUCAACUUUCAACUUAUUAAAGGAGUUUUUUGGUGGUUAUGAUGUUGUUUGGUGUACGUUGAAUGAUGUUAGGAAUUGUUCUCGUGAUAUUAAAGAGAAACUGAAAGAAGUGGAUGUUCAAAUGAUCCUAAAUCAGAUGCAAGAGAAGAAGAGAAUUUGUGAAGGCUUUUUUUACAAAUAUCAAUUAUCACCUUCUGAUAAUAAGUUAGUGAGCUUAUUUUGGUCUGAUGUUGUGUCUCGGAAACAUUACCAUAUGUUUGGAGAUGUUGUAGCAUUUGAUACAACAUAUUCGACAAACAUGUAUCGUAUGGUGUUUGGUCCAUUUACUGGGAAAGACAAUCAAGGGUGUCCUAUUGCAUUUGGAGCUGGUUUCGUAUCCAGUGAUAAUUGUGAUGCAUUCUCAUGGCUUUUUACUGUGUUUGUUGAAUGCAUGGGUGUUGCUCCAAGGAUCAUAAUCACAGACCAAGAUUGGGGAAUGAGGCUUGCAAUUGAGAAGGUAUUAUCUGGUACAAGGCAUUGUUUGUGCAUGUGUCAUAUUAUGAGCAAGUUGUUUGAGAAAAUACCUAAAUCUAUUUCUGAUAGAGAAAAGUUUAGUAAGGAGUUUAAGGCUUGUGUUUGGUCAGAAUUGUUAGAUCCAGAUGAGUUUGACAUAUUAUGGACUGGUAUUGUUGAAAAAUAUGGUGUGGAAGAUCAUAAAUGGUUUAAGGACAUGUUUGUUGUUAGACAUAUGUGGAUCUCAGCAUACUUUAGAGAUGUUCCUAUGGGUUCUUUAAUGAGAACAACAUCUUUUUCAGAAUCUGAAAAUAGUUUGUUUAAGAGGUACUCGAAACCGUUGUUUAAUUUUGCUGACUUCACUCUUUAG